AGGACCAGGAAAUAUCUCCUGCUCACACAGAUUCAGUGAAACUACGCUACAUUCUAAACCAUAACUAAUCUCUGUCACUUUGAGCAGUAAAAUGGCGCAAGUUACAGGUCUUCUGUAUCAGGAAGAGUUGGUCUGUGCAAUCUGUCUGGAUCUACUGAAGGAUCCUGUGACUAUUCCCUGUGGACACAACUACUGUAUGGACUGUAUUAAGAGCUGCUGGAAUCAAAGUGACCUUACUGCUAGAUGUCCGCAGUGCAAUGAGACCUUCACUCCAAGGCCUGUUUUAAGAAAAAACGCCAUGCUGGCUGAAGUGGCGGAGAAACUGAAGAAGACAGGACUCCAAGCUGCUCCUCCUGCCCAUUGUUACGCUGGACCUGGAGACGUGGAGUGUGAUGUCUGCACUGAGAGAAAGUGCAAAGCUGUCAAGUCCUGUUUGGUGUGUCUGGCCUCUUACUGCGAAACUCAUCUCCAGCCUCACUAUGAAUCUCCUGCUUUUAAGAAGCAUAAUCUGGUCGAAGCCACUGGAAACCUACAGGAGAAGAUUUGUUCUCCCCAUGACAAACUGCUGGAGAUUUACUGUCGUACCGAUCAGCAGUUUAUCUGUUAUUUGUGCACAAUUGAGGAUCACAGCGGCCAUGAUACAGUCUCAGUGGCAACAGAAAGGACUGAGAAACAGAAACAGCUGGGAGCGACACAGAGUAAAUUCCAGCAGGAGAAAGAGAGUGCUCUGCACAGGCAGCAGUGGAAGAGAGUGAAAGGAUCUUUACUGAGCUGA